GUUUCCAUCAGGAGAUCACGCAAGGCAGGCUCGGCACGCAACGGGGAGGUGACACUCCAGAGGAUGGGAAACUUUGGCAACGGCCCUGGGGCUGGAUAAAUACAGAGAGAGAGAGAGAGAGAGAGAGAGAGCCAGAGAGAAGGAGCCAGAGAGAGAAAGAGGAGGGCUCUCUCUCCCUGACUCGGAGCUUUCUUCCAAAGGAGCUCGGCUUCCCUCGAAAGUGAAAAGGAGAGCAGGAGGAGAGCAGCCACCCACUGAGGACCCACCCUUCCUCCCGGGCGCACCAUGAGCCAAGGAGAGAUGGACGAAGCCGCUUUGGUGAACAUCAGCGUCCGCCCGAGGAGCCUGGAGGAAGCGCCGGGGAGCGGCGAGGCCCGCCUGCGAGGGCCGCUCCUGCUGCUGCUGCUCCUGCUGCUGGCCGCUCUGCACCGGGCGCGCCGCGGAGGGCAAGGGCGCCGAGGGCUCCUGCUCCCGCCGGGCCCGUUCCCGUGGCCGCUGGUGGGCAACGCGGCUCAGCUGGGCCGCGCGCCUCACUUAGCGCUGGGGCGCCUGGCGGGCGUGUACGGGCCGGUGUUCCGCCUGCGGCUGGGCUGCUGGCCCGUGGUGGUGCUGAGCGGGGAGCGCGCCAUCCGGCAGGCGCUGGUGCGGCAGGGGGAGGCCUUCGCGGGCCGGCCGCCCUUCCCGUCCUUCGCGCUGGUGUCGGGCGGGCGCAGCUUGGCCUUCGGGGCGUCCUCGUCGUCGUCGGCGUGGCGCGCGCAGAGGCGGGUGGCGCGAGCGGCCGUGCGGGCCCAGACGGCGCGGGCGGAGGCGGCGCUGGUGGCGGAGGCGGCGGCGCUGGUGGCCCUGCUGGCGCGUCGCGGCUCCGGCGGCGCCUUCCUCGACCCCGCGCCCAGCCUGGUCCUGGCCGUGGCCAGCCUCAUGAGCGCGCUCUGCUUCGGCCGCCGCUACGGGCACGACGACGACGAGUUCCGCCGCCUGGUGGGCCGCAACGAGCAGUUCGGGCGCGCCGUCGGGGCCGGCAGCCUGGUCGACGCCCUGCCUUGGCUGCGCCGCUUCCCCAACCCCGUCCGAUCCGCCUUCCGCGCCUUCCGAGCCCUCAACCGGGACUUCUACGGCUUCGUGCGGGGAAAGUUCCUCCUCCGGCGGCUCCGCGGGCGACUCCGGCCCGGGGACCGCGCCCGCGACCUCAUGGACGCCUGCAUCCGCCUCCAGCAGGACCAGCCGGGGAUGCCGCUCGAGCACGUGCCCGCCACCGUCACCGACAUCUUCGGCGCCAGCCAGGACACCCUCUCCACCGCCCUCCAGUGGCUCCUCCUCUGCCUCGUCAGGUAUCCAGAAGUGCAGACUAAACUGCAAGAAGAAAUAGAUAAAGUAGUUGGCCGAGACCGCUUGCCUUGUGCCGAGGACCAGCCCCAUUUGCCUUAUGUGAUGGCUUUCCUUUACGAAACCAUGCGUUUCAGCAGCUUUGUGCCGGUUACCAUUCCUCAUUUCACCACAGCGGACACCACCUUGAUGGGUUACCACAUCCCUAAAGACACAGUGGUCUUCGUCAAUCAGUGGUCCGUAAAUCACGAUCCAGAGAAAUGGCCGUCGCCGGAGGAUUUCAACCCAGCCAGAUUCCUGUAUGAGAAUGGAUCCCUUAAUAAAGACCUCACCAGCAGCGUCAUGAUCUUCUCGGUGGGCAAGCGCAGGUGUAUUGGGGAAGAGUUAUCCAAACUCCAGCUCUUCCUCUUUAUUGCCAUCCUGGUCCACCAGUGCAAUUUCACUGCCAAUCCAAAGGAAGAUUCUAAAAUGGAUUUCACCUAUGGCUUGACUACUAAACCAAAGCCAUUUACACUUCACGUCAAACUGAGAGAUAACUUGGAUUUGUUAGAUAAGGCAGUCCAGAGACUUCAGGCAGAAAAAGACUCUGAGAAUUCUUUGUCCGAUAUGUGAGCUCAGAAGUUUGACAUUGUAGUACUUGUGUAAGGAUCUUGUUCUACUUUCCUCAUUUUAUAUUUAAAUGAAUUGUAUUAAAGCAUAAUGUAUUUAUCACAGUUACUUAGUAUGAUACAAAGUAGAAGAACUUGUUCUUUCUUUAAAACCUCUGUUUGGUUUGUGAGUGGCAUUUCUAUUAAUAUUUAAGAGCUAGAGGCAUCAGAGUCAUUUUCUAAAAUGUUUUUUUGAAGAUGAGGGUAUUUCCACUGAAUUUAGUGUUGAAUUGCCAUGCUUAGUUUAUCCACAUUUUAUGAACGAUUCACAUAAUAUCUUCUAAUCGUUAUCUUUCAUAUGUUCCCUAAAGUUUUCCAUUUUCUCAGCCCCAGAAAGCUUUUCCUCUUCACAAGUGCCGAAAUCUUUCAUUGUUUUUCCAUCUUUAAAGUUGCCAUCUUCUCAAGUUGGGUUUUAAGGCGAGUGAUGUUCAGCUCAGCAUGUUUUAUCACCCAGAUUCAUUUUUGAAACCGUUCUUAUUCAGAGCUUGGAAAAUUGGCCAUGAUGGUUGAGGGAACCCAGGAGUUCUUACCCAAAUGAAUGCUAAAAUGAUUUUUAAAAGGUGAAUAAUAGAACCAUAGAGUUGCAAGAGACCUUGUGGGCCAUCCAGUCCAACCCCCUGCCAAGAAGCAGGAAAAUUAUAUUCAAAGCGCCCCCAACAGAUGGCCAUCCAGUCUCUGCUUCAAAGCUAUCUAUCUUUUAAUUCUAUCAUUUCAAAAUUUAGCAUUAUAGUAUUAAAGCAUUAUGACACAGCUAACAAUUUAAGUAGUAUUUGGAAUGUGUCCAGAGAAGGGUCUGGAGAACAAGCCCUAUGAGGAGCGGCUUAAAAAGCUGGGCAUGUUUAGCCUGCAGAAGAGAGGGCUAAGAGGAGACAUGAUGAGGGCCAUGUAUAAAUAUGUGAGAGGAAGUCAUAGGGAGGAGGGAGCAAGCUUGUUUCUGCUGCCCUGGAGACUAGGAGGCGGAACAAGGAGCCUCCACCACACUGUGGGGCAGAGAGUUCCACUGCUGAACAGCUCUAACAGUUAGAAAGUUCUUCCUCAUGUUCAGGUGGAAUUUCCUUUCCUGUAGUUUGAAGCCAUUGUUCUGCAUCCUAGUCUCCAGGGCACCAGAAAACAAGCUUUAAUACUGUAAUGCUAAAUUUUGAAAUGAUAGAGUUAAAAAGAGUUAAAAAGAUAUAUUUCUAGGCAUUACAAUUUCAGAAACACAACUGGGUUUUUAAAAAUUGCUUCAAUGUUACAGCACAACAACACAUUCGUUGAAGUAUUAAUGUCUCUGUGUGUAAUUUUUCUGAUUUACCUUUUUUAAAUCAACAGAGUGAUAAAAUAUAACCCAUUGCUAAGAUUACGUAUGGUUCACUUCAAAUGCUCAACCAAUGUGCUUUUCUCCUUCCUAGCCAGUGGGGUCUGUGUCUUUUUCAUUGAUACAGGUAAAUUGUAUGUAAAAUUAACCUAUCCUAUUUUAGUUACAACAUCAACUCAAAAAUCUGGGUUGACCUAUCCACAAGUCAGUAAGUACUAGACGUUAACUCUCACAAAAUAAAAAGAAUCAGCCCCUUUUCUGAGUAGAGUGGCAAAAGGCAAGAGUUUAGUCUGUCAAAGGAGAACAAAAAAGAAGCACUGACCCCCUAUACUCUCUCUGCUAGGCUUGGGCCCAAAUCGGUCUGAACAAAAAUAAUUUGUAAUAUUCUGAAGUCUGUUUCAUAUAAUCUCCGAAAACAAUAGGUAGGAGAGAAUCGAAAAGCUUUGCAAAAUGGAUUAAGAGAGCCAGAUUUUAUCAGCUAUAGGAAAGGAUAGAGUUAAGCCUGCAAUAUACCCAAGGCAGGGGUCUGCUGUGAGGCUCCUGGAGAAAAUGGGAUUAUUGCAAUGUCUUUUUCUCCCUCUCCAACAGCAGCAGCAGCGUCUCUCCCUUUCUUUUUGGAAAGUUUCCUAGGCUCCUCCUCCAGAGAGGGCUCUGCUAAGAACUCGCUUUCCCAGCAGCACUUACAUGGAGCAGGCAAUGAAAUGUCUCUGAGUUCCUCUUGGAGCAUGAUGGCAGUUGAAGUUCUCUCUCUCUGUUUCUCAGCCAAUAAAAAGUCUGGUUGUGUCCAUGCUACGAUUGGUUGAGAAUGGACACAACCAACAACUACAA